GUUUUUAUACUUUUCGUUUCUGUGCACUGUUAAUUGUGUUUUUUAUAUUGCUUCGACAUUUACAUUACUUAUGAAAAUAUCCAGGACCGUGAAAACACUUUUAUUGGGAAUUCCAAUUGGUGUAACACUUUUAGAUUCAGUUGGUUAUAUCGCCAGGGUCGAUGGAAUAUCGAUGCAGCCUGCGUUAAACCCUGAUUUAGUCACUGAUUAUGUUUUUCUGAGCUCUUGGGCUGUCAGAUUCAACAAUAUUUCGAGAGGAGAAGUAGUGACAGUCAUAUCACCGAGAAAUCCAAAACAGAAAAUCAUCAAAAGGAUUGUUGGACUUGAAGGUGAUCUUAUCAAAACAAGAGGAUUCAAAAAACCUGUGGUCCGAGUGCCAGAUGGGCAUUGUUGGGUCGAAGGAGAUCACGUGGGCCAUUCAGUAGAUUCAAAUACCUUUGGACCUGUGUCUCUUGGUUUGGUUACUGCUAAAGCAACACAUAUUGUGUGGCCGCCAAGACGCUGGCAAUCUGUGGAGUGUAAAAUCCCAGAAGAUAGAUAUCCACUUGAAUUUCAUUGAGAAGAAAGACUCCCGGUGAACUUGUGAUCUUUUCUGUAAUUUCUCCGUCUUUCUCUUAUUUUCAAUUUUCAAAAGAGGUAAUUCUACGUUCCUGCUCAAUGAAACUGAAUAAAUCUAAUCUCUAAUCUAAUCUAAACUGGUCUACUGUGCCUGUUUCAUCUUGAACUCUUCUCAAGAUCUCUGCCACAAACUGUGCUAACGCAUUCUCAACCAUCCAAGUGGAAGGUGUUGCCAGAGGAAACAGUGUUUCUGCAAUGAGAGCUGUUGUACAGCGAGUGAAAGGAGCAAGUGUCAAAGUGGAUGGUGAGCUUAUCAGUUCUGUAGGCCCAGGCCUUUGCGUGCUAGUCGGAAUCCAUAAAUCGGACACUAA